AAAGGCAGAGCCUGCACAGUGUCUGAUCAGGCAGGCGACAGUGGCAGGCAGAGGAGUGUAAGUGAGAAGUGUAGUGAUGGCACUGCAGCCAGCACGUGAAGGCAAGGAGGCAAAAAAGGACCCACAGUCUGGUGCAGGCUCCUCCGUGCAGCUCUUCACCUGGGAGGACAUUGGACUCUGCACAGGCCAGGGGCACCCGCAGCAGGAGCAGUGGCUGGUGAUUGACAGGAAGAUCUAUGACAUCGGACAGUUCUACCAGCGGCACCCGGGGGGUGCCCAGAUCAUCAGUCACUACGCAGGACAGGAUGCCACGGAUGCCUUUACAGCAUUCCAUGCCAACAAGGCACUGGUGAGAAAGUACAUGAGCUCAUUGCUGAUUGGGGAGCUGGCACAAGAUCAAAUCAGCAUGGAGCCAAGCAAAAAUAAACUGCUGGUAGAGGAUUUCCGUGAGCUACGCACCACCAUCGAGAGGAUGGGACUUCUGAACCCCAACGGCCUCUUCUUCUUCCUGAUUUUCCUGCAAAUUCUGCUGCUAGAGGCUGCCAGCUGGAUCACUCUCUGGUACUUUGGGACCUCCCUACUACCUUUCCUCAUCUCUGUGGUGCUGCUGACAACCUCCCUGACUCAAGCUGGGUAUCUGCAACAUGAUUUGGGACACCUCUCAGUAUUCAGCAAGCGCAAAUGGAACCAAGUGGUUCAUAUGUUUGUGAUAGGCCAACUGAUGGGCAUGUCUGCUAGUUGGUGGAAACUCACGCACUUCCAGCACCAUGCUAAACCCAACUGCAUCUGCAAGGAUCCUGAUCUCAGUAUGCACCCUAUCUUGUUUACUUUAGGGAAGGUGCUCUCCGUGGAGCUCGGGAUGAAGAAGAAGAAGUUCAUGCCUUACAACCACCAGCACAAGUACUUCUUUGUCACAAUUCUCCCAUUCCUAUUUCCUGUCUACUUUCAAUAUUUUGCAUUCCACAAGACAAUCCAGAGAAAAGACUGGGUGGACCUGGCCUGGAUGCUGAGCUUCUACAUCCGAUUCUUUCUCAGUUAUGAGCCCUUACUGGGGCUGAAGAGUCUCCUGGGGUUCUAUCUGCUGCUCAGGGUCCUGGAGAGUAUCUGGUUUGUCUGGGUGUCAUUCAUGAGCCACAUCCCUAUGAACAUUGAUUAUGAUAAGAACCUGGACUGGUUCUCUACUCAGCUCCAGGCAACAUGCAACGUGGAUCAGUCCCUGUUCAAUGAUUGGUUCACUGGGCAUCAGAACUUCCAAAUUGAGCAUCACCUUUUCCCCACAAUGCCUCCAUACAAUUACUGGAAGGUGGCCCCCCUGGUGAAGUCCCUGUGUGCCAAGCACAGCAUUGAGUACCACUGCAAGCCGCUCCUCACUGCCUUUGCAGACAUUGUGCACUCUCUGAAGGAUUCUGGAGAGCUCUGGCUUGAUGCCUAUCUGCAUAAAUAAGCAGCAGCAGCAGCAGCACCUUGUGACAUUCCAAUUACAGCAGCUGCCACAAAACCGACAAAAAAACAAACAAAAAACUAUGAAGCCCCUGAAGGCUAGCAGAUUUGGGGAAAUGAGAAAGCCUGGCUAGUAGGAGAUGAGGAUUGCUGGGAAAGUUUGAUUCCUGGAAUGAUGUUUAUUUUUUAAAAACCCAUUAAUUUUCCUUCACAUGCUUCACCCUUUGCUUCUCUCUGGGGCUCAGAAAUGGGGAUGGUCAUCUUGUUCUGUGUUUGUACAGCACCUAGCACAAUGGAGUCCUGGGCCAUGACUAGGUCUCCUAGCACCACUCUAAUACAAGUAAAGCAUUAAGAUAAAGACAGUAAGUCUUUGAAACAAGGAUGUGGGGUUCAGGCCCCCCGAAAGAAAAGGGGCUUUAGGAGUGGGAACAGCAGCCACUCUGUUUUAUUUUAUCCUCACUAUCACUGCCUUGAAAUAUUGUCCUAAUUCUGUCUGUGUUCUUUUCUAUUUUAGAUUGUAAUCUCUUUUGGGUAAAGUAUGGGUCUUCCUGCUUGUAAACAUGAUGAAUAAAUCUAAAUAAACAUUUUCACGCUAUGUGGGAGCUUGUUCAGCUCCAUCCUGCCAAAGGAGUUGCAUCGACUGUAAUUGACAUGAUUCAGCAAACCCACACUUUACACU